AGAGAAGGCUCAAAACUAGCAGUUGUUCGAAGGUUUGGCAACGGCGAUGCGCGUGAAGAGAGACGGCUAGGGUGUGGAGUAGCACCACUGAAGUGCACCAGUCGUUCGUAUCAAUUUCCGAAUUCUUUACUGUGGCUCUGGUGAAUGACGAUUAUAGUAUGCAAUGACUUUGCACCAGUGGAUACACCAUCCGCUUUAAUUUAUUUGCUUGCUUUAUACAUUUUUCCGUUUUAAAUGAAUGGCAUGUGCAUUUUGCGAGGCUACUUGAUGUGCCAUCGGGAGUGAGUGGUUUUGGCAAUAUGUGUCGCUGGAAUAUGGUAUGCACUCGUAAGGCUUAUGGAAUAUAGCCUGGUUUGUCACAAUCUGUAUGCGUUCUCAUUCAGCCCGGUGAAAAAUAAACUCUUUCUGCUCGGCAUCAUGUUUUUACUCUGGGCAUAUAUGCUCUACUCCUGCGUGGGCUACUGUGCCACCAUGCCAAGUUUGGUCGUGGACAAUUACCGGGGAAAGGAGACAGGGUCCGUGGUCGGUAAAAGGAUAGAGAAUAACGGCAGAGUGGACCUCAUGUCCAGACUGCUACCUAGACCCCAACCCUGGGUGGAUAUAGAAUCCGAUUACGACGAAACCUCUGUCCGGACCUCCUCCAGAGACUUGCUCAAUAACGAUAUAGACGCGUACAGAGGAGCAGAGGACUGGGACGAGAUGAGGGGCGAGGGGCAGAGAGCUCCCGAGCCCGGUGCGAUGUCAAGUUUCUCCAACGGAUCAGGGAGCAAGAAGCUGCCCCAGGCGAUCAUCAUCGGUGUAAAGAAAGGAGGGACGCGCGCGCUGCUCGAGUUCCUCCGCGUGCAUCCAGACAUCCGAGCUGUGGGAGCCGAGCCGCACUUCUUCGACCGCAACUACGAGAAUGGACUGGAGUGGUACAGGGAGCUGAUGCCCAAGACCCUGGAGGGCCAGAUCACCAUGGAGAAGACCCCCAGCUACUUUGUGACCAGAGAGGCCCCUGCCCGGAUCUCCGCCAUGUCCCGGGACACCAAGCUUAUUGUGGUGGUGCGGGACCCCGUCACCAGGGCCAUCUCUGACUACACACAGACGCUGUCUAAGAAUCCCGACAUUCCCACCUUCGAGAGCCUGACCUUCAAAAACAGGACUACGGGGCUCAUCGACACGUCCUGGAGCGCCAUCCAGAUCGGCAUCUAUGCCAAGCACCUGGACAACUGGCUGCAGUACUUCCCCAUGGGUCAGAUCCUGUUUGUGAGCGGGGAGCGUCUGAUCAGCGACCCGGCCGGAGAGCUGGGCCGGGUGCAGGACUUCCUGGGGCUCAAGAGGAUCAUCACUGACAAACACUUCUACUUCAACCAGACCAAGGGCUUCCCCUGCCUCAAGAAGGCUGAGGGCAGCAGCAAGCCCCACUGCCUGGGCAAAACCAAAGGGCGGACCCACCCCAACAUCCACCCAGAGGUGGUGCAGAGGCUACGGGACUUCUACAGACCUUUCAACAUGAAGUUCUACCAGAUGACAGGACAUAACUUUGGUUGGGAUUGAUGGAUGUGAAUUUUGGAAGACACAUUGUUUUUUUCUCUCUCUGUAAUUCAAUGAAUGGCAAAAAAAAGACAUGGGAGAUAUUGCUAUAUAUAUGUAAAAUGUACAGAAAUCUAUUUUAUAAUAAUUUAUUUUUAUUUCUAAGCAAUUAAUUCACUAAGCUGCCUAACCAUAUUGUACAUACAUAGCAUCUGGCCCACAUUUAUUUCCUUUUUUUUUUUUUUACAUUCCACAUUUUAUUUUGUUUCUUUAUUCUUCCCUUAAUGGUCCCUCAUGUCAACUCAGCAGAGUUAAAAUGGUCCCUCAUGUCAACUCAGCAGAGUUAGAAUGGUCCCUCAUGUCAACUCAGCAGAGUUAAAAUGGUCCCUCAUGUCAACUCAGCAGAGUUAAAAUGGUCCCUCAUGUCAACUCAGCAGAGUUAAAAUGGUCCCUCAUGUCAACUCAGCAGAGUUAAAAUGGUCCCUCAUGUCAACUCAGCAGAGUUAAAAUGGUCCCUCAUGUCAACUCAGCAGAGUUAAAAUGGUCCCUCAUGUCUACUCAGCAGAGCUAAAAUGCAGAUAAGUAAUAAUUGGUAACUAAAAUAUGAAUAUAAGGAUAUUGAUAAAGCACCGUUUCACAGGUAUAGUGUUCACAGAACAGUGAUGAAAAACCCAUUCAUGGGCAUUCUGAUUUAAACAUUCAUAAUCACGUUCACGUUCAAUAGCCAUAAUCAACCCCCCCACACAUUGCUCCUUGUCUAGUUACUCCUAUGAGUCUCUGUUCCAUCCAUUCAAAAUGUUGUGCUUCAUAUUGUGAGUUACCCCCAUCCACAUCCCAUUAUUCUACCGUCCCAUUGGUCAAACCAGCUGAUCUCCUGCCCUGUCAUUGGCCUAACCAGCUGAUCUGAUGUCCCUUUCAUUCAAUAACAGGUGGAUCAAUUGGCCUAAUUGCUCCUCAUUGUGUCAGACAUGGUUUAAGGGGCACGUCUGGCCUCCUUCUUGUAGGGCUCCUACAGCCUGUUCUAAUGAAUCCACCAAAGGCCUAAAUCCUAUUUCUGACAGCAUCACUUUGAUAGGGCUCCAUGUUGACAUGAUGCUAAUGGAAUAACGUUACUGAGGCCCAUCGAUUCAGGUCUCCGCUCCGCUAUACUCUUGCUCUCAUUACAAGACACUGUUGGCUCAGAGCCAAAGGUCAUACAAAGUCCCAAUUAAAUUAGCUCUGAGAGACGUUUGAUUUGUCGAAGAGACAGAGAGGGGAGGACACUCUGGGUCAGGGGAGGACUGUAGUAUAGUCCUUGAAUGCAUCCCAAUUGGCACACUCAUUCCCUAUAUAGUGCACUGCUUUUGACCAGAGCGCAGUGACCCUUGCUCAAAAGUAAUGCAAUAUACAGAAAAUAGGGUGCAAUAUACAGGAAAUAGGGUGCAAUAUACAGGAAAUAGUGUGCCAUUUGGGAAACAGUGCAAGCUCUUGGCCUGAGUUGAGGUAGGAGCUAGCAGUGGCCUAUACAUCUGUCUGAUACAGAGCAUAACGAUAGAGAUGAUAGAAAAACCACUGAGCGCUCUCCUUCACUGGAACACAUCAUCCUCAAACAGGAUUGUCAGGCCUCAGAUCAGAUCUUGAAGUGCGUCCCAAAUGGCACCCUAUUCCCUAUAUAGUGCACUGCUUUUUACCAGAUGUCAAAUGACAAUACUUUUGGGCCUUGGUCUAAAGUAGUGGACUAUGUAGGGAGUAGGGUGCCAUUUGGGGCACAUACACAGAUCUAAGGGAGGCGGAGAGUUUCUGAAGUACUCUCUGCGGGAAUGGCCUCGGAAGAAAAUACAGAACGUCACUGUUGUCAUGAUAAGACUUCAUUAUGGUAUGUCUAUGGUCUAUAUAGUUUGCCUUAUUCAACCCAUCAUCCUAACAUUGUUUCUUUCAUAGUUUCAUAUUGGAUCUCAAUUCGCUCCUACUUGUUGCCAAAAAAAAUACUUUUUCAGAGUAUGGAGCUCAGAUAUGAAGUUACCUAGGCUACACUCUAGCUUGAGUCACUAUCUUUUCUUUUGAGCUUUUCUUUUUUUUGUUCUUUGUUUUUCUCAAUGCUUCUUUGUUAUUGUUUGUCUUUCUGUCUGAAUUCUUGAUAUGCAAGAGACAGUCUGGCGUUAUCAUUCAGCGAUGUACAUGCUGGCCCAUACCCUCGCAUGUACUGUCUACUUCAAAGUCAUACUAUGCUCUUUAGAGGAUAAGAGGGCUGAUUCUGCUUCUCAAAUGGUACCCUACUCCCCAUAGUGUAUUACUUGUGACCAGGGCCCAUGGUUGUUACCUCAAACUAGUGGAUGGUAGCAUACUAUGGUAGGUGGAUGGUAGGGCUUGUCCUAACAUUGUACUGUCCCUUAUUCACAUAUAGUGUAUUUUUUCCACCAAGGAAUUGACUCUUAUUUUCAAAUAUCAUGCCUAUAUGGACAACACCUCAAUCUCUCCUUCUCUCCUUAUAGUGCAAUGGUUGUUGAAAGCAUUUAAAAUGGUCUUCAUAUAGAGCAGGAAAACCAUGUGAAUAAUGUUGAUCUUUCUCCCUGUAAUGGCUGGAUUAGGGGAGGCUGGGGCAGUUACCCCCUGUUACAUUUGCCUCCGGUCUCCCCCAAUGCAUUGGAAUUCUGAUCUUGGUCAUGUUACUAAGAGAAAAGGGUUAUGUCCCAAAUGGCACUCUAUUCCCUAUUUACUGCAGUACUUUUGACCAGGGCCUUUAGGGAUCUGGUCAAAAGUAGUGCACUUUUAUAGGGAAUAGGGUUCCAUUUGGGACACAUUCUAUCUUAAAAAUGUGCACUCAUGGUCAUGGUCCAUGCUGCUGCAUCCAUUCUGGUUGAGUUUUAUUCAACCCUUUUAGAGCUCUACAAAUCUUACUGAUGUUUGUCUUAUUCCCAUCCGCAUAUAAUAUGGUUAAUACUUAGACGUUUAGCAGAUUGUGUAUGUAUAAAAAUGAAAAAGAACAUGUAAAUCAAGUAUUUUGUGGUAUCAUGUACAUCAAAUGAAUUAAUUUUACACAGUGAAAGAGCAAAAUGGAACAGAUGUUUCUAGAUAAUUAAAUACUGAACAUUCAUACUAUUUCUUUGUAUGAAGAAAUAAAUAAAAAAUUAUAUAUUUUA